AUGCCCACGCCGUCGCUCGCGGGCGCGAUCGGCUCGGAGGCGCCCGCGCAGGAGACCCCCGCGUCGCAGUCGGCGUGGGGCGGCGCCGCGCCCGCGCCCGCGCCCGCGCAGGACCUGGGCGGCGACGACGCCGUCAUCAUGCCGGGCGCGGGCGACGACGACGCCGAGGGGCUCCAGCUCCAGUUCGGGCAGUUCAACGUGGCGAGCGGCGCGGGGCUGACCUUCGGCGGCGGGUUCUCGGCCGCGAUCGAGCCCGAGCAGGCGCCCGCGCCCGCGGAGCCGCCCCAGGAGGAGCCCGCCGCGCAGCCGCCCGCCGCGCAGCCGCAGGCGCAGAGCGCGUACGGGUACAGCUCGUACGGGCGGCCCGCGGGCGGCGCCGCGGCGGGGAAGCCCGUGAGCGCGGCGUACCCCACGUACCCGUCGUACACGGCCACGGCGGCGCCGCCGGGCGAGGCGGGCGGGGAGCUGCCGUCCGCGGAGCAGCAGGCGGCGUUCGCGCGGAGCGGGCUGAACCCGUACACGGCGGGGUACCAGGGCACGGCGGCGCAGGGCAAGGCGCAGGACUCGUCGACGGAGGCGGCCACGUCGCAGGCGGCCAGCAGCCAGCCGCAGCUGCCCAUGGGCUACGCGCCCAACGCGCACCCGUACAGCCACGCCCCGUACGGCGCGUACGCCCCCGCGUACGGGUACUACCCGAGCUACCACAUGCACCCGGGCGCGUACCCGUACAACCAGGGGUUCCCGCAGCAGGGCGCCUCGGGCUUUGCGCAGGGGCAGGGCGGCUACCAGGGGUCCGGCAGCGGCGCCGGGAGCGGGCCCGGGAGCGCGGCGGGCGGCGGCAAGGGCGCGGCGACGUCGUCGACGGCCGCGGCGUACGGCGCGGGCCAGGCGAGCGGCGCGCCGCAGCAGUACGCGGGCAUGAUGGGCUCGUACGGCUACGGCGGGGACGACCAGGGGUACCCCUCCGGGAAGGACGCGUCGCUGGGCGGCGGCGGGUACGCGGGGUCGCAGGGCUCGCAGGGCGGGCACUCGCGCGACGCGCAGGGCUACGGGCAGCAGCAGUACUCGCAGCUCUACCAGGGCUACCAGGGCUACCCCAUGCAGUUCCAGCAGCCCCCGCCGCCCCCGACGCAGGCCAACCCCUCGAACUUCUCCGGAUACAAGCAGUGA